AUAAUGAAAUAUAGGCCAAAUGUGGCAUCCACAACAUACUCGCAUAGGAGAGAGAGCUUAUAUGGAAACAGUUUAGUUGGCGAUGAUAGCAGUUAACUUGUAAAAUCAUGUUCAUCUUGUAAGGCACUACCAAGUUGGUCCAUUUGUACAUGCACCAGCUCUUCCAUCUGGCUGAGUUUAACUAGUUAUUAUUAACAGCUUCUGCACCAAUCUCAGAUUUCUUUUAUUUAUAGCUGCCAUGAUUUUCUUGGUUCUUGCCAUCUCGCUGAUUUUUGUGAGCUUGAAAUCUCUCUACUCGAUUAUAUGGGUUCCAUGGAGAAUUCAACACUUCUUCAGAAAACAAGGUGUAAACGGCCCCAGCUACUGUCCAUUUUAUGGGAACACAGCAGAGAUCAUGCAAAUGACUAAGGAAGCUCAAUCAAAAUCCAUUCCUUUCACUCAUGAUAUUGUGCACCGUGUGUGCCCGGAUUAUUACCAGUGGUCUGCCAAGUAUGGCAGGACUUUCUUGUGCUGGUUCGGGCUAAAGCCAAGACUGGCUUUGGCAGAUCCAGAUAUGAUUAAAGACGUCUUGUCCAAUUCUAUCGAUAUGAUUGAUAGGCUUGACUUCAAUCCCUUGGCUAGGCUGCUCUUUGGCCAGGGACUUCCUGGCUUGACGAGUCACAAAUGGACUGCUCAUCGAAGGAUAGCAACCCCUGCAUUCAAUAUAGAACAAGUGAAGGCUUGGGUGCCAGAGAUGGUGGCUAGUGUUUCAAAAAUGCUGGAGAUUUGGGAAGAUAAAGGAGAAGAGAAGGAUGAAGUGGAGAUUGAAGUUUACAAAGAAUUUCUUGACUUGUCAGCUGAGAUUUUAUCAAAAACAGUUUUUGGGAGUAGUUUUGAAGAGGGGAAGCACAUAUUUGAGUUGCAAGAACAGCAAGUGACCCUUACAAUGCGGGCUUUGCACACUGUCUAUAUUCCUGGAUUCAGGUUCUUGCCUACUAAAAUGAACAAAUUGAGGUGGAAAUUAGAGAAGGAAACUCGAGAUGCAAUCAGGGUGAUUAUUGAGAGAAAUAGCAAAACAACUGACAAUUCAAAUAAUCUAAUAAGCCUAUUAAUGUCUGGUAGUAGUCACACGAAAGAACUUGGACCUGGGUUGGAGAUUGAGGAGGUCAUUGAUGAGUGCAAGACAUUCUAUUUUGCUGGAAAAGAAUCAACAGCGAAUGCUGUUACUUGGGCAGUGCUCCUUUUAGCACAACAUCAGGAAUGGCAAAGCAAAGCCCGCAGGGAAGUUUUUCAAGUGUGCAGAGGCAAUGAACUUCCAGCUGCAGAUAAAAUGCACGAGUUCAAGAUAGUUAGUAUGAUACUGAAAGAAACACUUAGACUCUACAAUCCAGUGAGUCGUUUAUUGAGACGGAGCUUAAAGAAUGUUAAGAUUGGCAGCUUAAACGUCCCAGCUGGAACAGAAUUCUACUUGGCUCUAGCAGAUGUCCAUCAUGAAACAGAGAUAUGGGGACCAGAUGCCAACGAGUUCAAUCCUUCUAGGUUUGCCGAACCUCCAAAGCAUUUGGGCUCAUACUUACCAUUUGGCCUGGGAUCCAAAAAUUGUAUAGGUCGAAAUUUGGCAUUGGUUGAGGCUAAAAUCAUCCUAGCUAUGAUCAUUAAGAAGUUUUCCUUUGUGGUUUCACCAUCAUAUGUUCAUGCUCCAGCAAUGUCGUUCACAUUGCAGCCUCAGUAUGGUGCUCAUAUCCUUGUUAGGAGGAUCGGUGAUUAGUAACUAAUGAUUAUGUCCCGAACAUAAAUCAUAAAUGUAUACAUAAGCAAUCUAUGUCAUCUUAAACCUUUUAGUUUCUCAUAA